GUCAUCUCUACCCUCGUCACAAAAAAGGGCCCAUCGGGUUCGCCGACCUUUUCCACGACCCUUCGACGCAGUAUAAUCUGGGUAUCCCCGCUUUUGCGGUCCUACCCUGGCAUUAUUGCUUACAUUCCAGGCUACGAGUUCGUUCAUUUCUUACGCAAGGCUUUGAGGCUGUCUUCCUUUCUUUCUGGAUUUGCACGACCGCAAGGCAAGAUGGCGGAUGUACCUGGCGGACAGCUGCAGAAAGGUUCCGGUGAUGAAAGAGAAUAUGUACCAUUGUCUCUGGAUGUUCGGGAUAAUGCUGCCCUUACUCGCCUGGGAAAAAAGGCUGUGCUGAAGAGGAAGUUUGGUUUUAUGUCUAUCUUGGGAUUUUCAUGCACUAUAUUGAUCACAUGGGAGGGCUUUCUAGCUCUUUUCAAUACAGGAUACGCGAAUGGAGGGCCUGCGGGAGUUAUAUAUGGCUACCUUCUUGUGUGGGCUGGGACAUUCUCGACCUUCGUUACGCUCUCUGAAAUGGCUUCAAUGGCGCCCACAUCUGGUGGACAGUAUCACUGGGUCGCAAUGCUUGCCCCUGAGAGCUGCCAGCAGUUCUUGAGCUACACCACAGGUACUUGGCCGCAGAUGGAUAUGCCAUUUACGAUAGCUGCUGAUCAAAUUCUAGGAUGGCUUACCGUGCUAGGAUGGCAAACUGUUGUUGCCUCUACAGCCAACCUCGCAGCCACGAUGAUACAAGGUAUCAUAAUCUUGAGUAGUCCGACCUCCUACGCGCCAAAGACGUGGCAUGCUGUAUUACUAUACUUCGGAUGCAUACUGUAUUCCUUGGUCAUCAACACCGCUCCAGCUGGCAUUCUACCCAAAUUUGAGAGCUCUACAUUCAUCCUACAUAGUGCCGGAUUUUUCGCGAUUCUAAUACCACUGGUAAUCAUGGGCCCUCACGGAUCGGCAUCGGAUGUCUUCCUGACAUUUAAAAAUGGGGGUAAUUGGCCUACCCAGGGAGUGUCAUUUUUUGUUGGUCUUAUGGGUAAUGUCUUUGCGUUCUUUGGUGCUGACGGAGCCAUACACAUGUGCGAAGAGAUUAAGAAUGCGCAAAUAGUCGUUCCACGUUCGAUUUUGACAGCGAUAGGGAUCAACGGAUCUCUAGGAUUUGCCAUUGCGAUUGCGGCACUCUUCUGCAUCGGCGAGGUUGAAUUGACGAGCCCUACAGGCUAUGGAUUUAUGGAAAUCUUCUUACUAGCUGUCAAGUCGAGAGCUGGGGCUGCGGCCAUGUCGUCUUUGAUUGCGCUCAUGAUGCUCCAUGCUCUGGUGGGAAUAAUGGCAUCUGCGUCGCGUCUACUCUGGUCGUUUUCUCGAGAUCGAAUGAUUCCAGGAUGGAGGUACUUAGAGCAUAUCAACCCUCGCACCUCUAUUCCCCUGCCUGCUGUAGCAACCACUGCCAUUCUAGCGUGUCUCCAAGCGCUCAUCAUCCUCGGAUCUACCAUCGUAUUCACACACAUAGUCUCCCUCGCAGUCGCGGCCAUAUUCGCUUCCUACCUCAUAGUCACGGCACUAUUUCUCUGGCGCAGACUACGAGGCGACAUAUAUUCGCCCAACAAGCUCACUACGGACCCCGGCCUCAUCAACAUUCCUGGCUCGAAGCUCACGUGGGGACCAUGGCGCUUCAACAACCUUGGUGGCACUUUGAACAAUAUAUUUUGCGUUGCAUACAUCGGAGUCGUCUUUUUCUUCUCUUUCUGGCCGUCGCAGACCCCCGUGGCGGCCAACACAAUGAACUACAGCUGUCUAAUGCUGGGCGGAACUAUGAUCUUCAGCACUGUAUAUUAUGUUGUAUACGCCCACAAAGCGUACAGGGGCCCAAUAGUGGAGGUUUGAUGCCUGUUAGGGGAAGGAUGCUUUAGGAUAUGCGACGGUAUGCUGAGAGGCCUGUCAAAGUCGUAUGUUGUAGUAGUAUGAGCCGUCUAUACCGGAGUCGGUAAAGAGUCAGGCUGCCAUCAUGUGACCCAAGAAGUGUAAAUACUGAAUUGUAAAGU